CAGCUAUGACAACUUCCUGUUUGAAAAUGAAAGUACCCGCCUAGUUCUCAUUUCAGCCCAAGCACUGGAGCAGAGAGCAUCUGUCUGCAGCACUAAUAGAAUUAGAUUUUUUUCUGAGUGACACAAUGGAGAAGGAAGCAGGUGCCAAGAUGACGGCGUCCGCAGAGGGUCAAGCUCGGUACGGCCAAUCAGUGAAAGGGCUGCUCACGGAGAAAGUCAGUACGUGUGGGGCUGAUGUGAUUGCACUCACCAAGCAAGUGCUCAAAGGAUCCCACAGCUCAGAGCUUCUUGGCCAGGCUGCUAGAAAUAUGGUCAUGCAAGAAGAUUCCAUUCUACACUCAGAGGAUAGCUUAAGGAAAAUGGCAAUUAUUACCACACAUCUACAGUACCAGCAAGAAGCAAUACAAAAGAAUGUUGAGCAAUCGUCAAACCUUCAGGAUCAGCUGAAUCAUCUCCUGAAAUGAGACCAAAAAAAGAACUUUUACAACGUAAUCUGCUUUCUGAGACUCCAUUUACUGUUCAAGUAAUUCACUUAGUCUUUUGGAUGCAAGAAACUUAUUCCUAAUGAUAUAAAAUGUUUACAGAAGGUUUUACAGUGGUAGAAACCUAGGGGGAUUGGGCGGCCUUUCUAUUUGUGCCAUCCCAUGGCCAGCUUGCUAUACCCACUUGAGAAUAUAAGCUACAAAACCAUAAUGUAUAAUACCCCAAAAUGGGGAUUUGUAGGCCCGAUCACAGCCAGUUACUGUAUAAUCAUAAGCCCUCAGACUACCUUAACCCAUGUUGUUUUAACCUUUGUGUUACAGGAAUACACAGUGCUUCACCCCA